AUGACGGUAUCUGACAGUUCCAAUGUAUCAAGUUUGUUCGGUGUAUUGCUCGACUAUCCAUUGGUGUAUUGGUACGAUGUGAGUGAAGGCAACUGCAGUGACACGUGUCUGAACAUGGUGGAUCUUACGGUUGUCUCCGUCAGAACUACACUGGAAUGUUGUGUUGUGCAGGACGACGCGAAAGAGGUCAGGCAGUCAUUUGACAAACAGGUCCUGUAUCAGUUCAGCUACCCAUCGGCAUUGAAAGGGCACUGUGAGCAGGUGGUUGUGAGAUGGAAAGAGAAGCUAGCAGACAAGUUGAGAUGCUCCAGUGAUGUGAAACAGUUUGAAUUUGAAAGCCAGAAUGUUUGCAUGGAAUCUGUGGUUUUAUGA